AAGAAUUCAGUUUGGGGGAUAUUUUCGGAAAAGUGUCGGCCAUUUUGAAGCAUCGCAUCAUUUACUCAAAAGUUUGUGAAGUUUGUAAAGACGGAUAAAGGUACAUACUUGAACAAGACUCUGUCAACCCACCAAGAUGUCCAGCACACGCACCAAGAAGUCCAAGCGGACUCGAACCCAGCGCUACACAUCCAAUGUAUUCGCUAUGUUCGACCAAGCACAGAUCCAGGAGUUUAAGGAGGCGUUCAACAUGAUCGACCAGAACCGUGAUGGCUAUAUUGACAAGGACGACCUCCUGGAGAUGCUCACGUCUCUCGGGAAGGACCCCUCCGAUGCAGACCUUGAUGUCAUGAUCAACAUGGCGCCAGGGCCCAUCAACUUUACCAUGUUCCUCACGCUGUUUGGAGAGAGACUGAAUGGCACAGAUCCCGAAGACGUCAUUAAAAAUGCAUUUGCAUGCUUUGAUGAAAAGAAUGCAGGCUACAUUCCCGAGGAGUAUCUGCGCGAAUGCCUGACGACAAUGGGUGACAGAUGGACUGACGAUAUGGUGGACGAUCUCCUCCACGGCGCCCCCAUCACCGACGGCAAAUUCGACUACGCUGAGUUCACCAGAAUGCUCAAACAUGGUGCCAAGGAGAAAGAUGAAGACGAGGUCCCGGACGAACCAAUCGAACCGUCUGCCCUCACCAAAGCUAAAGCGUGAUGACUGUGAUUCUCUGUUCGGAUGUGAUUGGGCGAGUGAGACGUUUAUACCUGGUCUAUGUCUUCUGAGGUCCUCGUUCUAUUGACGUGAUUCCACUGUAUAACGACAUAAUAUAUAUCUGUAGUGUACUGUGUUAGUGCAUUCUUUGGUGCGUGAACUUUUUUUCAGGGUUUGAGUAUAUACAAUGCCUGCUUUUAUUUAUGCUUGUAACCUGUCUUUCGCAAUGUCACCUCCAAGAGAAUACUCAAAGACAGACGUUAUUUGGUUGUGAUGUCGCGUUUCGAUUCCAGGGUAAUCACAGCGCUAUCUGUACAUGCAUUAUGUGUACGUGUGCUGGCAAUUGUAAUUCUAUAUAUUUAGAGCUUAAAAGUAUGUCUCCUUGUAGGACACAACUCGCUAGAGUGAAAUAACGCUUUAUGCUGGAAGUACUUUUAGACCUCCUAAAUGACACUACGGUUGUCACAGCAAGAGAACGAAGAUCAGUGAAAAAGUAAAAGGAUCUUUUGUCUCUUCAUGUUAAAUAACAUAUGGCUCUCCCAUCGUGUGUCUUUCUCAUCCUUUGACCUGAAACAUUUGACAGUAUUACUCGUUGUUGCGCCAUUCAUUCAAUGGAGGACAAUAAACACCAGGUGUUCGUUUUCGUGAUAAUCAGUUAGGAUAUCAUAUGUAACCCAUGUGUCUAGCUAUAUCUGUUGUGAUAUUCCUUUCCGCACAAUAUGCCCUUGCUAUACCUCACUGCACCAUGUCUUUGGUUGCAUUUUGUCGAUAUGUUUUGACAAUAGGUUUUCAUAUUUGUCAUCAUGUAUUGGUUUCAUUUUUUACAGAUUAGAUUUUAUGUUUGUUUUGUGCACAGCGUCCACCUCCCAGUGUUGAAUAACACAUCCACUAUAUGAUAUAACACACUGGUGUUAUUUUUGUGUUGUAGGCCGUUACAAGUCGUUUUAUUUCUGAUCGAGCCCUGAAUGCAGCGUAAAACUAAGCUCACUCACUCACUCUGACCUAGCCGUUUUCAACAGUUUCAGUUUUUACUUUAUUGAAUCAAACUGAUAUUAUGGGUGUUGUAGGCAACUCAACAUUAGUCUCGGCUUUAAUGUUUUUUGAAUAAAUUCGAAGUUUUUAAUGUUUUGUUUGAAGUUACAAAAAUAUGACGUAAAACCUGCUUAACCCCAGCUCCAUGUAGGCAACAUAUCUGACAAAUCCUGGGAAUUAGUAAUACGAUAUUUUGUGGAGAUGUUCCCGAUUCUUCCAUGGUUGGUGAUCUAUCGCCCACUCAUCUUUAUACAAUGCAACCUUUUUUGUAUACGUCACUUGGGCAUUACGACCACCUCUAAAUAAAGAAACCCCAAAAGCC